UUAUGUAAACCCUUUGCCUGGACAGAAAUUGUAUGAUCGAGCAACGGCCAACGGGCAUGGGCGGCAAUGGCUUUGAGAUUUAGCAGGAGGCAACAACUAUUCCCGAACGCUGCCAGUGCUCCAGGGCCCAGAAAUCGGCUUCGCUUCAGAUUUUCUUCCCGGAGGAUCAUCAAUACGAUCAUCAUAUGUCUCGCGUUGCUUGCUAUUUUGCCUCCCCUUUUCUUCCACUUCCGUCUUAGACGACUUCAUCUGAUGCAAUUGAGGAAAUGUGCUUGGCUUAAGGAUCCUCCUCUUGUAUGUGCGCAUGGUGGUGAUUCAUCUAAGGCUUUUCCUAACACAAUAGCUGCAUAUGUCUCUGCUCUCCGUUCUCAAGUGGACUGCAUUGAGAUUGAUGUAUCUCGUUCUUCUGAUGGAGUUUUGUUUGCUCUCCAUGAUAGGGAUUUGCAGCGGAUGUCAAGAAACACUACAUCUAAGGUUGGGCACUUAAGUGCAAAUCAGAUAAGGGAGCUUAGUGCUUUGAAUCAAUCUGUGGACAAGUUGAACGAUGAAGGUAUAGCUACCAUUGAAGAGGCACUGAAGUCGAUUGCUAAUUCAGUAAGGCAGAUAAUCCUAGAUGCGAAGGUUGGACCACCAUUGUACGAAAAUGGGCUUGCCAGAGACAUUCUUUCUGCUGUGGAAAGGACGGACUGUGGAAACUGCCUUGUAUGGGCUAAAAGUGAUAGUUUGGCGAGGGAUGUGAUUAAACUGUCAUCAGAUAUCACAGUAGGCUACAUUGUUAUGAUAGACCCAUCUACUGGGGCUAGAAGAAAUUUGUUGAGGAUUAAAGAUGCUGAGGUUGUUGGUGUCUAUCAUCCAUUGAUUGAUGAUAAGCUUGUUAAAGUCUUGCACAGGAGAAAAAAAAGGGUAUAUGCCUGGACAGUUGAUGAUGAAGAAUCCAUGCAAAAGAUGUUGUCUGAGCAUGUUGAUGCUAUUGUUACGAGCUAUCCAACUUUACUCCAACGUGUGAUGCAAGAUACUAGAACUCGAUGUCUCGUAGAAGGUUAUUCAUGAUCAAAUUAAUAUUUAAUUCAAUACACUUAUCUUAGAAUACCUACUUUCUGCUGCAAAUAUCAAAACUGAUAUGUACACAUCCAUUCUUCUUUUGGCUGCCUCAAGUGAAUCUUACAAAAACAGAAGAAUAUCCCAUGCGUUGGAUUGUUAACAAAUUACUUCAGUACUGAACAUUAUAUGUUAUUGGUCAAUAAGGUACUAGCUGCAUAACGGAGUCUUCAGGAUGUUCUAGUAUAUGAUCAAGCAACAAUUCUCCAUUUACAUGAAGAUUGGUUAACAUCCAACUCGGCAAUUUGAUGAAUAUGGAUGUUUUUGUGUUUGAAAGUUUUGGAAUUUGGA